AUGUUCAAUUGUUACCUCUUACUCCUUAUAUAUCUGUUUUUAUCGCCUCCACUCUUUAUAUAUCCGUUUCUAUCUCCCCAUCUCAUUUCUAUAAUCGUUUCUCCCUCUCUCUAUCUAUCUGUUUCUAUCUCUCUCUCUCUCUGUCUCUCUCUCUCUCUAUGUUUCAUUCUUUCUCCAUCUCCCUCUAUAUAUAUGCUUCUAUCUUCCUCUCUCUAUAUAUAUAUAUUUUUCUAUCUCCCACUCUCUAUAUAUCAGUUUGUAUGUCACUCUCUCACUUUAUCUGCUUCUAUCUCCCUCUUUCUAGAUAUCAAUUUCUAUCUCACUCUCUCUCUAUUUAUCUGUUUCUAUGUCCCUCCCUAUGCAUGCGUCUCUAUCCCCCUCUCUCUAUAUAUCUCUUUCUAUCGCUUUCUCCAUAUAUAUAUUUCUAUCUCCUGCUCUCUCUAUAUAUCUGCUUGCAUCUCCUCUAUAUCUCUGUUUCUAUUUUCUAUCCCUCUCUCUCUCACUUUAUCUGCUCCAAUCUCCCUCUCUCUAGAUAUCAGUUUCUAUAUCCCUCCCUCUAUUUAUUUGUUUCUAUGUCCCUCCCUAUAUAUGUAUCUGUUUCUGUCUCCCUCUCUCUAUAUAUCUGUUUCUACCACUUUCUCCAUAUAUAUCAUAUUCUAUCUCUCUCUCCCUCUCUCUCUCUCUACAUAUGUAUAUAUUUGCUUCUAUCCCCCUCUCUCUAUAUCUCUGUUUCUAUGUUCCUCUCUCUAUAUAUAUAUCUGCUUGUAUGCCUCUCUCUCUAUUUAUCUGCUCCUAUCCCCCUCUCUCUAUAUCUCUGUUUCUAUGUUCCUCUAUAUAUAUAUAUCUGCUUGUAUGCCCCUCUCUCUAUUUAUCUGCUUCUAUCUCCCUCUCUCUUGA